ACAAGUAAUAAUGUAGUACUACCAUAGAUCUCGCUUUCAUGUACUUUUGGGUCCCCACUUGGAUCCCAAUAUACCUCGUAAUUCCGUAUCAGCAUUUCGUUUUCAUUGAUCAAUCAAUUCAAUUCAAUUGCAGAUUCAACUCAACUUUUCUUCUGCAAUCUCAUUCCUUCUCCAGCUGCAUGCAGCAAUGGCUGAUGAGUUCUUGAACAAAUUUAAGAUUCCCGAUUACAUUCUUGUACCGGAAUCCAAUGUCGAGAAAUUUGAUGAAAGUGAUCUGGUCGUGCCUAACUGUCCUGUGCUGGUUUUUGUUAACUCCAAGAGUGGUGGUCUACUUGGAGGGCACCUCUUACUAACGUAUCGUACACUUCUUAAUGAAAAACAGGUCUUUGAUUUGGGAGAACAUGCUCCUGAUAAGGUGCUGAGAACAAUCUAUUCUAAUUUGGAAAGUCUCAAGAAAAGGGGUGAUCAAUUUUCUAUAAAGACCAUGGAGAGGUUGAAGUUAAUUGUUGCAGGGGGCGAUGGAACAGCAGGAUGGCUACUUGGAGUUGUUUGUGAUCUCAAGUUAUCUCAUCCGCCGCCAAUAGCUACUGUUCCGUUGGGCACAGGGAAUAAUCUACCUUUUGCGUUUGGUUGGGGGAAGAAGAACCCGGGGACAGAUCAACGCUCAGUUGAGGCAUUUUUAGAUCAAGUCAUGAAGUCUAAGGAAAUGAAAAUAGACAACUGGCAUAUUCUUAUGAGGAUGAGAGCUCCAAAAGAAGGUUCAUGUGAUCCAAUUCCGCCACUUGAGCUGCCACAUUCUUUACAUGCUUUUCAUCGUGUAUCUGAAGCCGAUGAACUUAAUAUGGAAGGUUAUCACACUUUUCGCGGAGGAUUUUGGAAUUACUUCAGCAUGGGAAUGGAUGCUCAAGUAUCUUAUGCAUUUCAUUCUGAGAGAAAGUUGAAUCCUGAAAAGUUCAAAAACCAGUUGGUGAAUCAGAGUACGUAUGCUAAGCUUGGAUGCACACAAGGAUGGUUUUUUGCGCCUUUAGUCCAUCCUGCUUCCAGGAACAUAGGACAACUUGCAAAAGUGAAGAUCAUGCAAAGACAAGGUCAAUGGCAAGACCUAAACAUACCUCCCAGCAUCAGGUCAAUUGUAUGUCUUAACUUGCCAAGCUUUUCUGGUGGAUUGAAUCCAUGGGGUACACCAAGCAGGAGGAAGCUACGAGAUAGAGAUUUGACACCACCCUAUGUGGAUGAUGGGCUUCUAGAAGUUGUUGGGUUUAGAAAUGCAUGGCAUGGGCUUGUUUUGCUUGCUCCAAAAGGACAUGGAACUCGUCUUGCUCAGGCACAUAGAAUUCGGUUUGAGUUUUGCAAAGGCGGAGAAGAUCAUACAUUCAUGAGGAUCGAUGGAGAACCUUGGAAACAACCUCUUCCAGUUGAUGAUGAUACUGUUGUGAUAGAGAUUUCUCACCUUGGUCAGGUUAACAUGCUUGCCACUCAUAUCUGCAAGUCUAAAAGCAUGUAUGAUCCGUCAUCACCACACCAUGACAAUGAAGAAGAUGACAGUGACGAAGAAGAAGAAGAAACAGAAGACUCGGUAGCCGAGGAAUUUCGGAAGUUUGGUGCAGCAGAUACAUUUAGAAUCCCCGAUGAGAGGAUAUAAAGAGUCUUGAGUCACUCGAUGAUUAACGAGCAAGCAAGCCAAGCCGCAAGGAAAAGGUCUAUGAAGUAUGGGUGGAGAGAUUGUACAAGUUGGUUCUUCUCACAGCCUAGUGGGUCAAAAGUUACAGGACAAGAACCCGAAGUCCUAACAGAAACUAUAUAGGUGAUUCCAACCAUCAAUUACGGAAGCUCAAUCUUUACUACCAGGUGAUGAACAAUGGAUUUUUUAUUCCAAGGUCGGUUAUAGUAGAUGAUAUGUCAACUACAUUAGAUGACAUUAAGUUCGGACCAUACGGUUACUUAUUUGAACUAGACAAUUUUAUUUAUGGAAGUUAUGGUGAUUCUAUAUCAGACUUUCAAAGUGCUUUUGACUAUGAUAAAAGUGUGCCGUUGGAGAGGACAUGUCUACCAUUGAGAGUUGUGAUAGCUUGAUGGGUAAGAAAUGUCUUUGUCAAACAAAUGACCUUCCGAACUUAAUGUCAUCCAAUGUAGUUGACACAACAUCCACCAUAACCAACUUUGGAAUAAAAAAAGUCAUUGUUCAUUAUAGUAAUGAAAAGGUGCAUUGCACCGUGUUUCUAGAAACUGAGUAUAAAUAACAAGCUAGACAUUAAAGCCUAAACAUAGGAUGUCAAAAAACAAAGAGAUAAACAUACAAAAACUUGUGAAAUUAUAAUAAUUGUGGUUUCAUGUUUUAGUUUGGUUGUGCUUUUUUUUUUUUUUGUUUAUCUUAUAAAAUGUACAACUGGUCUUCUAUUGGUGCAAAAUUGCAUUCUUGCUAUUCGCACUGUUCAAACAAACCCAUUGCACUUUCAGAAGUUGUGGGGAACACUACAUCAGCGCCAUGGCUUCCAUAAUUUACAGAACAAAAAAAUUUCAAUAAUUUAGAAGAUCCUCCUUCUUUGAUGAAGAAUCUAGAAUCUGUUUGCAUACUAUAAUUUUAUAUUGAGAAAUUAAACAAAUACAAUUUGUUUGUUCUCAUAUUUAUCAGAAAGAGAAUACUUAUGCAGAUAAGCUUCCUUCACAUGGUAUUGAGAUCAGUGGUUUUGUUUGGUGGUAUCCAAUUCCUAAUUUCAUUUCUGCAGAUUUCUUUCCUAAUAUGAAUGGCUUACCUAGUUACAAAUUUAAAUGAUUUUUCCAAGGGUUUGGUGUAUAUCCCCAUAUUUUCUCUGUAUUCUUUUAUCAAUAAUAUUGAGUUGUGACGUACAUGAUCGGUGGUGACUCGGGUGCCAACGUAGUUCUGAUGUUUUCUUCUAUAAUGAUGUUUUUGCACAUCUCUAUGCCAUUGUAAAAUAAAGAGUAUCUAUAUCAAGGAUGAAACUUUCACAACUUUCCUCAAUAGGUAAAUUUAUUAGAUACAUGUGAAUAAUUUCAGCUAUCAGAAUAUAUAUGCCUUCAGGUAUGUAUUUGAGAACUACAAAAUACAUAAUAAGCGAAUGAACAGGAAAAAAUACAUGUAAGAAAA